CGUCACAUCCGCUCUGCGGGCAGAGGGACUUGAGAAAUGGCGGGGUACGGAUGUACGAUGCCGGUGCUCUGGACACUUUUAGUGUUUUUAGCCGUAAAUACGGUGCGAUCGGAGGUUUUGACGCCUCCUUAUUUUAACCUUGCCGAAGGUCGAAGGAUCGAAUCGACGUCUACGUGUGGAGAGGGCGUACAGGAGAAGGAGUUAUACUGUAGAUUGACGGGAGCGAACACGGAGGAGGUCGGCGAACGACCAGACAACAUUUUACAGGGUCAACUGUGUGACUACUGCGACCCGCGGGACGCCAACCGCAAGCACCCGAUCACACAGGCUACCGACGGCACGCAGAAAUGGUGGCAAAGCCCGCCGCUGUCACGCGGGGCCGAGUUCAACGAAGUCAACAUCACCAUCGACCUCGGACAGGAGUUCCACGUUGCCUACGUCUUCAUGAAGAUGGGUAAUGCGCCGCGGCCGGGAGUCUGGGUUCUGGAGCGCUCCAAGGACAACGGUGUUAGCUGGGACCCCUGGCAGUACUUUGCUGACUCACCCGGCGACUGCCUCCACUUCUUCAACCUCGCCAGCAACGAACCAAUCACGGAAGACGACAGCGUCAUCUGCACGACCGAGUUCUCCAAGGUCAUCCCGCUAGAGGGUGGUGAGAUCGUCAUCUCGCUCGUGAACAACCGUCCGAACGCGAUGAACUUCUCUCACUCGAAGGAACUUCAGGAGUUCACGGAAGCGACGAAUGUUCGGCUGCGUCUGCUGCGUUCCAAGACACUGCUGGGUCACCUGCUGGCCGUGGCGCGGCAGGACCCCACCGUCACGCGCAGGUACUUCUACAGCAUUAAGGACAUCUCGAUCGGCGGCCGCUGCGUCUGCAACGGUCACGCGAACGUCUGCGACAAGACUGACCCGCGCGACCCCUACAAGCUGCUGUGUCGCUGCCAGCAUAACACGUGUGGGGCGCAGUGCGACACCUGCUGCACCGACUACGUGCAGAAGAAGUGGCGGAGGGCCACCGAGGAGGACUCGUACGUCUGCGAGGCCUGUAACUGCCACGGCCACUCUGAGCAGUGUGAGUACGACGCUGACGUUGACACAAAGAGCAUGAGUUUGGACAUCAGCGGACAAUACAUCGGUGGAGGCGUCUGCCAGAACUGCAGGGAUUACACAGAGGGAAUUAACUGUGAGAAGUGCAUCUCUGGUUUCUACCGACCCGAAGGCAGGCUGCGGAACGAGACGGACGCAUGCACACGUUGUCGCUGCGACCCGCGCGUGUCCACGGGCGCAUGUUCCGACGUGACGGGUCAGUGUGAGUGUCGCGACAACUUUGCCGGUGUGAACUGUGAUGAGUGUGCAUAUGGUUACUACGCGCCACCACACUGCUACCCGUGCGACUGCUACGCCAACGGCACCAUCGACGCGGUCUGCUACCCUGAACAAGGACAAUGCCCCUGCCGCUACAACUACGGCGGCGCCACCUGUGACCGCUGCGCCCAGGGAUUCUUUGAUUUCCCGCACUGCACGCCGUGUAACUGCUCGCAGUACGGCUCCCUGGAUGAGAUCUGUGAUGAGGUGAGCGGACAGUGUAAGUGCAGUGGCGUGUUCACCGACCGCGCGUGCGACCGCUGCCGCGAGGGAACCUGGAACUACCCACACUGUGAAUACUGUCAGUGUGACCUAGCGGGAGUGACGCCUGAGAUAUGCAAUGAUGAGACUGGACGGUGUCUCUGUCUGGACGGAUUCAACAGCGCCAACUGCGGUCGCUGCGCAGCCGGAUUCUACGGCUUUCCCGAUUGCCAAGAGUGCACGUGUGACCCGGUCGGCUCGGAGGGAGACGCGUGUGCCGUGACGGGACAGUGCCGAUGCAAGCCCAACUUCUCCGGACCCAAGUGCGGCCUGUGCGCAUCCGGGUUUUACAGCUACCCCGAUUGCUUGCCGUGUGAUUGCGACCUGCUGGGAGCCCAUGGUGCCUCGUGUAACGACCAGGGACAGUGCAUCUGCCGCGGUAACUUCGAGGGUCUACACUGCGACCGCUGCCGAGAGAACUUCUACAACUACCCGCUGUGCGAGGCGUGUAACUGUCAUCCGGCCGGCGUGUCAGAUUCGUUCGGCGGAUGUGACACCGUCGCCGAGGGACAACUGUGCGAGUGCAAGGAACGAGUGACAGGGCGUAUCUGUGAUGAGUGCAAGUCUUUGUUCUGGAACCUUCAACACAAUAACAGAGAAGGUUGUCAGGACUGCGACUGCUGGGAGCCUGGCACGCUGUCUGGCUACAGUUCGUGUGACGGGGAGACAGGACAGUGUCUCUGCAAGCCCUACGUGACGUCACGACGCUGCGACCAGUGCCAGCCCGGAACCUACAAGCUGCUCGAAAACAACCUGUUCGGAUGCGAGUCUUGUAUGUGCGACGCGGGCGGGGCACUGAACGCUCACUGUGACACUGUCACGGGUCAGUGCCUCUGCCGCCCGCGUGUGUCCGGCCGGGCGUGCGACUACCCGCACACGAACCACUUCUUCCCCACGCUCUUCCAGCAUCAGUUUGAGAUCGAGGACGGUCGCACACCGAGCGGGAGCCUCGUCAGGUUUGCCUACCACGACGACGUCUUCCCCGGAUACUCGUGGCGCGGAUACGCCAUAUUCUCACAGACGCAGCCGGAUGUGUUGAUGGACAUUGAGGUAGACAAGCCCAGCCUGUACCUGAUCGUCUAUCACUACGUCAACCGCGGCAGCAAGACCAUCAACGGACAGGUCAUCGUCACGUCAGAGUACGACGACGAGACGACGACCGUACAGAAGGGCACGUUGGAGCUGCUGCCCUCUACACAGCCAUCUUUCACGUCGGUCAAGGUCGGAGGCACAGACUACCCGUUCGUGCUAGACCCGGGUCGCUGGACGGUCACCACUAGCAUCCCUGACCUCGUGGACGCCGUGUUCCUGGACUACUUCGUGCUGCUCCCACAAGUCUACUACGAGGCGACGCUGCUACAGGAGCACAUCUACGCUCCGUGCUCGCUUGAUGCUGCUGCCGGCGCCACCUGCCUUCACUACGUCUACCCGCCGCUGGCACAGUACCCGCGUGCCCGUGGAGAGACGGGGUACGUGGGUGUGAACAACGAGCGCAUGCGCGUGCAGCAGCUAGAGGACGAGCACGUGCUCACCGCCCUCGACUCCCCGUCCAUGGCCUGGCUCAGCAACAACCAGACGUCCAUGUUUCUGGACCUGGUGACGGACGCUCCUGGUGAAUACCUGCUGCUCAUCAACUACUACAUGACGGAGCGUGGCCGCAUGGACACACUAGCCGUGGACGUCGCUACGCCCAGCGGACCACAGCAGGGCAAGGCCCUGCUCUACGACUGCAACUACAGGUCGCUGUGUCGCUCUGUCGUUCUCGACCUGGAGGGACGCGCGGCGGUGUACGCUGUCGACACCGACUACAUCAGCCUCACCCUGCAGGGUUCCAUAGACAUCGACGCCGCAAUCGAUUCGGUCGUGGCGAUUCCGAUCAAGGAUUGGACGGAGAUGUUGUACACACCGCAGGUUCGCUGCCUGAGGAAGGAUGGAGAGUGUGAGGAGUCUAGCUUCCCGCUGCUGCCGUCGGCGGUUCGCUAUGAGGUCGAGGCCGGGGUCAACGCUGACCGCCGCGUGCCAGACAUCGAGAUGAUAGCUGAUGUCUACGACAAAGACAUCGGACUCGUGUACAUGAGCGAGAACGAGGGGGCGCUGGAGGUGCAGGGGACGGUGUCGCGGCCGGGAACCUACAGCUUCGUGUCGCAUCACUAUCAGCCGAAGCACAGCGAGUUCUCACUCGACGUCAUCGUCGACAACGGAUACCACGUCUACGAAGCCGUGUUGCCGGUGCCCUACUGUGGCUCCCUCUCUGGGUGUCGCUCUCUGGUGGAGACGGGAAGCAGAGAUUUCCAGUUUGAGGUUCAAGAGAACUUCACCCUGUCCUUCCAGGUGGCCGGCAGGAAGAGUCUGUGGAUGGACUAUGUGUUGGUGAUUCCAUCGACCGACCAGCGACCGGACUUCAACGCUAAGGGGAUGGUGGACAAGGCUUCAGACUUCAUCCAGGAAUGCGCCAAGGAUCACUUCUACGUGGACCCUAGUCGGCAAGGCUUCUGCCGUGACGCAGUAUUCUCGCUGACUACUGAGUACAACAACGGUGCGCUGCAGUGCGGGUGCAACAUUGACGGGUCGCUCAGCUUCCAGUGUGAGGAGUUUGGCGGACGCUGCAUCUGUAAGGACAACGUCAUCGGCCGCAUCUGCUCACAAUGUCACCCUGGCUACUACGGCUUCCCUAACUGCCAGAAGUGUAACUGCCCUAACGGCAUCUGUGAGCAGGACACUGGUAAGUGCAUCUGUCCGCCCAACGUCGCCGGGCCACAGUGCAACGUCUGCCUGCCGGAGACGUUCGGCUACGAUCCUUUUAUCGGCUGUGAGGAGUGUGCGUGCGAAUACUAUGGUGUCGAAGACCGCAACAUGACCUGUGACCUCAUCACGGGAAAGUGCCGCUGUAAGGAGAACGUGGUCGGGAGGCAGUGCACGGACUGCAUGGUGGGCAGCUACGCCUACCCUCACUGCGUAGACUGCACGUGCAGCCGGUAUGGAGUCACGCGCGAUGUGUGUGACCAGACGAACGGUGACUGCAUCUGUAAGGACAAUGUGGAGGGAGCGCGCUGUGACCAGUGCGCACCAGGCUCCUACUACCUUCACCCAGACAACGAGAAGGGAUGCACGAGCUGCUUCUGCUUCGGAGUAACCAAGGCCUGCGCCAGCUCCGAGCUCGUCGUCGUAUACAUCAUGGACAUGCGGGACUGGAACGUGACAAACCUCGAGAACCCGUUGAUAGACGAUGCUUCUAACCUCGCCUACAACGACCCGACGCUUAUCAACGUACGCGUCCGUGAAUCGCGACCCAUCGACCCCGACGCCGCGUCGUACUUCGUUGCUCCUGCGCCCUACCUCGGCGACAAGGUGACGUCAUACGGAGGUCGCCUGACCUACUCUGUCGCGCACACGCCGGCAGAUCAGGACGCUUACCGCAUCAUCCAGGGUGAUGUCAUCAUCACGGGUAACAACAUCAGUGUUGUUCACACGUCCAUGGAUCAGCCGGAGCCUGAACUCUCCACCCACAUCUCUGUCGCUCUCGUAGAAUCCUCGUUCGUCCUCGCCGACGACGCUGCCCACCAGGUGGCGGUGACGCGCGAGCAGUUCAUGAUGGUGCUAGCGGACGUCACGUCGCUGCACAUACGCGCAACCUACUACAGCGCCACCCAGGACUCAAUGAUUGCUAACGUCUCGCUCCCCAUCGGUAUCGUGGGAGGAGCCGAGACAGAGGGACACGACCUAGAUCAGGCGCACAGCGUCGAACAGUGCCAGUGUCCGCGCAACUACGAGGGAAGCUCGUGCGAGGUGUGUGCUGAGGGCUACCACCGCGUGGACGAGGGACCCUACCUCGGUCACUGCGUGCCGUGUAACUGCUACGGACACGCGGAAACCUGCGACCGCAACACCGGAGAGUGCGUCGAUUGUCGCAACAACACCGUCGGUGCCAACUGCGAUCGCUGCGAGCUCGGUUACUAUGGCGACGCGACGCAGGGAAGCGAGUGGGACUGUCAGAUCUGUGCCUGCCCUCUGCCGACGGUCGCCAACAACUUUGCGGCGUCGUGCACUCCCCUCGAGGACGGGUUUGAGGUGACGUGCGUGUGUCUGGAAGGAUACAAGGGUGUCAACUGUGAGAUGUGUGCUGCUGGUUACUGGGGCGACCCGACGGAGCCGGGCGGGGCGUGCGUGCGCUGCGAGUGUAAUGACAACCUCGACCUGUCCACGCCCGAACCCUGCGACACGGCGACAGGAGAGUGUCUGUCAUGCGGCAACGACACGGGAGGACCUGCCUGCAGCCGAUGUGUGCCCGGUUACUACGGCGACGCCAUCAUCGCAAAGAACUGCGUCCGUUGUUCGUGCGACGCGUGCGGGACGGAGGAGUGCGACUUUGACACCGGAAGCUGCCGCUGUGCCGCCGGCGUCGAGGGAGUCGCGUGCGACCGCUGCCAGCGCAACAUGUACGGCUUCAGCUCCUGCGAGGGAUGCACGCACUGCAACUGCUCGGAGGCAUCGAUGAGCAGCCAGUGCGACGCGGAGACGGGAGACUGCGAGUGCCAGCCCGGCGUGCGCGGGCGCACGUGCGACACGUGCAAGAACGGAUACUGGAACUUCUCUCCGUUCGGCUGCCAGAAGUGCGACUGCGAGAACUUCGUCGACACGGGAACGAUCUGCGACCAGGCGACGGGUCAGUGCAAGUGUCUGCCCGGCGUGACGGGAGAUAAGUGCGACACGUGCGACGAGAAGUGGGUGUUCAUCGAGAACGUCGGCUGCCAGCCAUGCGACGUCUGCACGCACAUCCUCAUCGACGAUGUCGCGUGGCUAGAGACGAAUGUGUCCGGGGUCAUGGACGAGCUUGCUAACGUCUCCAUAGGCGUGUACGCGUACGCCCGCCUCCGCCGCGACCAGGACCGCGUCGACGCGCUGAGGCCGUUGGUUGGAGGCAUCGUCACCGAUCCGUCACAGGUCAACCUCAGACCACUGCAGCAGGACAUGAACGGUCUCGAACAAUACGCCAACCACGUGCGCGACACCGCCGACGGCACGGUGGCGGAAUCGACGAACGUCAACGAGAAGGUGAUGGUGGUGAAGGAAGAGCGCGUCGCCGUGGAGAUGAUGAUGAGAGAGACGGUCGGCAGAGGCCAGCAGGUCGUGGAUCAUGCGUCGUCGGUGUGGUCGGUGAUCCGUUUUUGCUCGUUGUGA